AUGACCUUCGGCCUCAGCCGACGCCUCCCUGCAUGGAUGGAUGAUGGGGUUGGAAUUCAGGAAUUCAUCGAGAGCAUGGAGGACUCUGCAAACCCGAGAUUGCUUGCUCAGAAUAUUCUGAGCUUUCUGGAUGCGCUCCGGACAACUCCAGGGCUGGAAUACCUCGGCCAACUGCCGCUGGUUGCCUCUUAUUGGAGGCGCUUGGAACAAAGGUGCGACGAGAUGCUACAGCUUCAAUUCAGGACUGCAAGAAAACCGCCAGCUGAGUUUUACGCAGAGCUUUUGGACAUGUAUACACGUAUUCGUACCCGCACGUGGUACCUUUAUGUGGACUCAGCCUUGGCGCCAACACCGCAGUACCGCCAGAUUAGGAGCUGA